UGAUGAUGUCAGUUUUCGGGGUUCCAACGAGUUCCUAACACCCAACAUAGAUGCCUUGGCCUACAAUGGUGUAAUUCUCAAUAACCUAUACACACCCUCCAUGUGUACACCCUCAAGAUCGGCUCUGUUGACUGGAAAAUAUCCCAUUAACACAGGCAUGCAACACUAUGUAAUAGUUAAUGAUCAGCCAUGGAGUUUACCUUUAAAUGAGACUACAAUGGCGGAAAUAUUUCGCCAUAACGGUUACUAUACCUCAUUAAUAGGUAAAUGGCAUUUGGGAAUGUCACGCAAAGCUUAUACGCCCACUUUAAGAGGCUUCGAUCAACAUUAUGGUUAUUUAGGAUCAUAUGUGGACUAUUAUGAUCAAACUAUGGAACAGUUCGGUAAAAAUUACUCAAGGGGUCAUGAUUUUCGUGACAAUCUUAAGCCGUCCCAUGAAGGCAAUGGUACUUAUGUAACCGAUUUAUUAACUCGCGCUACUUUGAAAAGGAUACGAAAACAUGAUUUCCAACAAAAACCAUUGUUUUUACUAUUAAGUCAUUUAGCUCCUCAUAGUGCCAAUGAUGAUGUUCCUUUACAGGCCCCCGCAGAAGAAAUAGAGAAAUUUGCUUAUAUAGAAAAUCCUGAUAGACGUAUUUAUGCAGCUAUGAUGUCCAAAUUGGAUGAAAGUGUGGGUCAAGUGGUUAAAGGUUUAGCAGAAAAGGGAGUUUUAAAUAAUACCAUUUUACUGUUUCUCUCCGAUAAUGGAGGACCCUCAGCGGGCAUGCAUGCUACUACGGCCUCAAAUUAUCCUUUUAGAGGGCAAAAGAAUUCACCCUGGGAGGGAGGCAUACGUUCGGCAGCGGUUAUUUGGUCUACCCAGUUGGAUAAAUUGGGCACUAUUUGGCAGCAACCGAUUUACAUAGCAGAUUUAUUACCCACUUUAGCAGCUGCUGCCAAUAUACCACUCGAUCUGGGUAAACUACAACUAGAUGGUAUAAAUUUAUGGUCUGCUCUUAAAUAUGGCUAUGAAUCGGUAGAACGAGAAAUUCUACACAAUAUAGAUGAUAUUUUCCAAUAUGAGGUUUAUACAAAAGGCAAAUGGAAGUAUAUAAAUGGUACCACACAAGAAGGUCUCUAUGACAAUUGGCUUUCACAGCGUCCCGAUCCUAAUGAUACCUCACAAAUUGAUCCCCGUUUUACCAUCUACGAAGAACUGGUGAAAAAUACUCCGGUAUGGCAAGAAUUACAAAAAUUAACCUCCUACACUAAUCACAAUAUCUCUAAACUACGUGAUUCGGCUGCCAUACAAUGUCUAUAUGAUCAUGCUACCGAGGGUAUACCCUGUAAUCCCUUACAAUCACCUUGCCUAUUCGAUUUAGAUACAGAUCCUUGUGAACAACAGAAUUUAUAUGAAAAAUAUGAAAAUUCCUCAAUAUUGGCGGACAUGUUGGAGCGUAUAGAGUAUUUUAGAGAGAAUGCUCAUACUAUUAAUAAUAAACCUGCCGAUUUACGUUGUGAUCCGGCUAAAUUUGGUGGUGAAUGGACUUGGUGGGAGGAUAUUAUUGAAGGCAAUGCUGCGAAGCAUUUAGCAGCUUUAAGUUUUCUUAAAUUAUUUACUUUAACCAGUAUUGUACUAGUUUUAAGUUGUAAAUUAAUAAUGUGAAAAUAAAUUAAAGUUUAAAAUUAGGUUUUCUUCAAAUUCAA